AUGCAGGAAACCCUAGCAACAUCGACCUUGUUGUCGGUCCCCAGCCGAUCCUCAAUCUCCAUGCAGGACAAGUUCUCCACUGCAGGCCAGACUUCGACUGCAGGCCCCCAGCCCUCAAGGCCCUCAAUCAUCCCACCCCAUAGCAAGUCCAAGGGCUGGAAUUCUGGGACCAAAGUACAUUGGAUGCGCCGGAUUAUAGCCGAGGAUCCCGAGUGGUCCCUGUCCACCGUUCCCCUCCUCACAGAGCUCUGCAUUCAGCACAUCGUCAAGAACUUCCACAACAACCCUAUCCUGAAGCAGCUGCUUCCAGAGCACCAGCAGAAGGUGCUGAACCACUUGUCCCCCGACCUGCCGCUGGCAGUGACCGCCAACCUGAUCGACGACGAGAACUACUGGCGCCGCUGCUGCGAGCAGCGCUGGCCUGUGUGCCACGUGGCCAGGCACGGCGGCAGCUGGAAGCGCCUGUUCUUCGAGCGGCACCUGGAGAACCUGAUCAAACAGUUCAUCCCGAACACCACGGACCCUGCCGUGAUCCUCGACCUGCUGCCGCUCUGUGGGAACUACGUGCGCGGGCUGCGCGUGGACCAGUUCCUUCCGCCGGUGCGGCUCCCUCCCCAACCCCGGAGCGGGGAGCUGUCCGACUCAGGCAGCGAGGUGGAGAUGGAGGAGCCCGCCACGGACCACUACCAGCUGUGUGACUUGGUGGCUGGCCUGAGCCACCUGGAGGAGCUGGACUUGGUGUACGGGGUCAAGGACUGUGGCAUGAACUUUGAGUGGAACCUCUUCCUCUUCACCUACCGGGACUGCCACUCGCUGGCGGCCACCAUCAAAGCAUGCCACACCCUCAAGAUCUUCAGGCUGACCCGAAGCAAGGUGGACGAUGACAAGGCCCGCAUCCUAAUUCGUAGCCUCCUGGAUCACCCUGCCCUUGAGGAGCUGGACCUGUCGCACAACCUCAUCGGGGACCGGGGCGCACGUGCUGCAGCCAAGCUGCUGAGCCACAGCCACUUACGCGUGCUCAACCUGGCCAACAACCAGGUGAGGGCACCUGGUGCCCAGUCUCUGGCUCACGCCCUAGCACACAACACCAGCCUCAUUUCCCUCAACCUGCGCCUCAACUGCAUCGAGGAUGAGGGCGGCCAGGCACUUGCCCAUGCCUUGCAGACCAACAGGUGCCUCACCACCCUGCACCUUGGGGGCAAUGAACUGUCUGAGCCCACUGCCACGCUGCUGUCCCAGGUGCUUGCCGUCAACACAACGCUCACCAGCAUCAACCUCUCCUGCAACCACAUCGGGCUGGAUGGCGGGAAGCAGCUCCUGGAAGGCAUGUUAGAAAACAAGACCCUCCUGGAGUUUGACCUACGCCUGUCAGAUGUAGCCCAGGAGAGUGAGUACCUCAUUGGCCAGGCUCUCUGUGCCAACCGGGAAGCUGCCCGCCAGCGGACCUUGAAUCCUGGCCACUUCAUGUCCCCAGUCAUUGCCAAGGGCCCUGAGAACCUUGCGGGAUAAGGUGGGGGACAGGGCUGGGGCAGUGAUGCGACCUGGGCCACUGCCCUAGCCCCUCCUCAUUUCAUGCUCAGUCAUGCCUGCUGUAGAGUGACAUAUUAGAAGGGAGAGACCAUGGAUAUCCUUGGGGAGAGUGAUCAAGGGUGAUGUGGGAAAAGUCCUGAAGGGGGGAGAGGACUGGGAUAGGGGGAGAGAGGGGUAUGAAGUGGGACCCAUCCUCUGUACCCUGGAAGAGGAUAUUACCAGAACCCCUGAAAUGACUGACUUCUUCCAUGGUUAGGGGAGGCAGAGAAGAUUCUGAAAGCCUGUGCCAGCCCAGACUCUCCCAUGGAAAUUGUCCAUCUCCCUUACCUACUCUACCCCCUUUCCCCUGACCAUUUUCCUCUCUGCUAAAUAGGUGCUGGACUUCUUUACCUUUAAAAUGUGCGUGCCUGCACAUGUGGGCACACGCACAGCCUCAGUCUCUCUCUUUUCUUGGGCUACUGUAGGGCUUUGCCUGGCUCCUCUACCCUCACCCCUGUCAAUGCUACCUUGCUGUUCCUUGACUCACUGACUCUGCUAAAGUGAUCGGUUCUAUAGGCCACUCCAUCCCCUAAUUCUCACCUCACCCCACCCCCCACAACCCAGCAAGGGGGAAACAGAGGUGACAGGAGGGACUC